UUGAUAACUGACUAAAUUUUGCACGUUCUCUAAAUGGAGUCGCAGCCUGUGAUUGAAGCUUUCACGCGCUUCUUGACGAAAAAACAAUGACGAAACCCUUUCAAAGCGAGCUUUAGAAUGCGCCUAAAACGGGACGCUGCACUUUUAUUUGCACUGUUGUGGGUUUGAGGCAGUGCUCGUUUAAAGUGCAGCCGCUAGAGGGAUACAUAAACUCCAACACCGUCCUAUCACUAUACCAUAGAGAAAAUUGCCGUCAGUGAGAGUUGCCUACCUGUGUGACUUCCCACUUUGAAAAAAAAAAAAAAAAAAAAACAACACAGCCCCGGAACAUUUGAAACAUGAGUUGUUCUUAAAAAGACUUAGGGAGAAAGUGCCUUUAAAGCGGAUGACGAGCUCCGACUCCUGCAAGUGUAUCUGCUCCAGGCAAUCAAUGAGGACCGCGAUGCUUACUUCUGCAGCUCCCGGUCCCUCUUCCUGCGUCUCGCCUCGCCAGAAAUCAUAGUGCACCUCAACUUUUGUGCAGACACGCGGGCUCUGGCGAAGUUUGGAUGGCAUUUUUGAUCACAACUCAGCGCUGGUGUGCUGUAAUAAAUAUGAGAGGUCGCUUUGUGGUGACUUUCCUCUGGAAUUUAAUAUGUGACAUUUCUUAUGCUGUUUUACGGGUAGGAUAAGGAAACAACAAAAAGGUGUGACAGGAGCUUGGCGGACAACUGUGGAUUUCUGCGAGUAACUCCUACCGUCCACAGAGGAUGAGGGGGGCAUCGGCCGGACUCCCCUCUUGAUUGAUUACUUAUUAGUCAUCCCUUUGGCUAAAUGGGACCCAUUGAAAAGGCACCGUGGAACACAUACAUGAAUCAAAUAUUCCUGUGUCCCCUGAAUGUCUCCAGAGUAGUUUUGCUUAAGAGAGGGGGUCGUGGCUUAGCAUUAUAAAGAGGGAAAAACAGCAUAGCUUUAUGGGUUUAUUUAGACAGUUUCUACGCUUUGACAUUGUGCCGCUGUAAAAAGACAGAAGGGAAAACUCGAGAAGAUUCCAAAGAAGAGAACAUUGUGGACAUAUAUUUUUUUCUACUUAUCCCGUUGUUUCUCUAAUUUUUUUAUUUUAUUUUUCCUCCUAUUUUAAUUUUUUUCUUUCGCUAUUUCCUUUCGAAAAAUGAAACUUUGGACGUCUCCCGGGGUGUCUUGCCUGCUGAUUCUCCUCCUGUGUUUUGGAUCAGAGUGCGGGACAGUCCGGAGUAAGGGGAGAUCCAAGAGGGAGUUGGUGCGCAUUAGGGAGGCGAAAGCCACCAUCCCAGGGGCUUGUGCCACACGGCUGCCCCGGGGCAAACGCUCUUUGCCCGGCUUGGAGCGACGCGUGUUUCGCCAGCGCCGGCGCUUUUCGCAGACGGAGGAAAACUCCUCAGACCGAGGGAAAGCGGUCUAUUUUACCGGCAGGGGAGAUCAGCUGCGGCUGAAGCCCGGCGUGGAGAUACCCAGAGGAAAUUUCACUCUGGAGAUGUGGAUCAAACCGGAGGGAGGUCAACGAUCACCCACGGUGAUUGCAGGCCUUUACGACAAAUGCUUCUAUGCCUCCAGUGACCGUGGCUGGCUGCUUGGCAUCCACGCAGUUAGCGAACAAGGAAACCGUGACCCGCGCUUCUUUUUUUCCCUUAAAACUGAUCGUGCGCACAAAGUGACCGCCAUCCACUCCAACGCCCGCUACGUACCCAACCAGUGGGCACACGUGGCAGUCACAUAUGAUGGCGUGUACAUGAAGCUCUAUGUCAACGGUGCACAAGUGGGCGUCAGUCGAGAGCAGUCUGGUGACAUCUUCAGUCAUUUGACCAAAAAGUGCAAAGUACUGAUGAUCGGCGGAAAUGCACUGAAUCACAAUUACCGGGGAGCAGUGGAAAGGGUUGGUCUCUGGAGGCAAGCCCGAGGACAGAGGCAGAUUAUCAUGGACAUGCACGGCGUCGAGAACCCCCAAGAUCUACCUCAACUGGUCAUUCGUGAAACGUUUGAGCACCCGGGUCGAAAGUGGCUAACCGUCAAAGAUGGUAGCUUUCCCCAGCCUGAACAUGAAGGAAGUAGACGAAUAGGUCGCAGUGCGAUCAAAAAGGCGGAGGGAAUGUUGGAUACAACGCUGGAGCCUCCGACUUGUGGUCAAACUGUCUGUGACAAUGUUCACGUCAUCAAAAACUACAACGAACUUUGGACCUUCCGUCGACCCAAGAAAGUCCGCUACCGCGUCGUAAACGUGUGGGACGACGCGUGGGCGAGGCCGACUGUGUCCGACCACCAGAUCAGCCUGCAGCACCAGCAGCUGAACGACGCCUUCAGCCCCUACAACAUCACCUGGGAGCUCAGCAUUCACAACGUCACCAGCUCCUUCCUGCGUAAUAGGUUGAUUUUAGCUAACUGUGAAAUCAGUAAAGUCGGUGAUGAUUCGUGUGACCCGGAAUGCAACCAUCGACUCACAGGAUAUGAUGCAGGUGACUGCAUGUCUGGGCACCGGAGUCGUUGCCCUGAGUACAAACAGGGGAAUGGUGCAUGUGACCCUGAAUGUAACUGGGAAAACUUCUCCUACGACCUUGGUGACUGCUGUAAUCCUAAUGUGACAGACGUGACCAAGACGUGCUUCAACCGCUCUUCUCCGCACAAAGCCUAUUUGGAUAUGAAAGAGCUGAAAGAGAUUCUGCGUUUGGAUGGCUCGACUCACCUAAACGUCUUCUUUGCCAAUUCGUCUGAUGAAGAUCUGGCAGGCGUCGCUACUUGGCCCUGGGACAAAGAGGCCCUCACGCAUUUGGGUGGCAUUGUGCUGAACCCUUCAUUUUAUGGCAUGUUUGGUCACACGGACACGAUGGUCCACGAGAUCGGCCACAGUCUCGGGCUGUACCAUGUGUUUCGAGGUAUAUCAGAGAUUGAGUCGUGCAACGAUGCGUGUUUGGAGACUGAACCCUCAAUGGAAACGGGGGACCUGUGCGCCGACACCAACCCCUCCCCCAAAUACAAAGGCUGCCACGAUCCCGAACCAGGGAAUGAAACGUGCGGCUGCCGACAUUUCACGAGAACGCCAUUUAACAACUACAUGAGUUACUCAGAUGAUGCCUGUACAGACUCUUUUACGCUCAACCAGGUGGCUAGGAUGCACUGCUACCUGGACCUGAUCUACCAGACCUGGCAACCCUCUGCCAAACCUCCCCCCGUGCCAAUGGCACCCCAGGUGGUUGAGCAGCAUCACAACUCCAUCACGCUGGAAUGGUUUCCGCCAAUUUCAGGACACUUUUACGAGAGAGAAGUGGGAUCAGUGUGUGACAAAUGCACCGAAGGGAGAGUUUUGCUGCAGUACGCGUCCAACUCCUCCUCCCCACGACCGUGCGCACCUUCUGGACACUGGUCCCCGCGAGAGGCUGAAGGACCCCCAGAUGUGGAACAAGCUUGCGAGCCGAGCGUGCGCACCUGGAGCCCCAACGCAGGCGUCGAGCAAGGCGUCGUGGGCCUGUCCGAGUGUCCUCUCCAAGGCUGCAUGCUCCAGCUGGAGUUCACCUACCCACUCGUGCCAGACUCCCUGACCGUGUGGGUCACCUUCCUCAGCCCAGAGGAAACGGCUCUUCCGGCGAUCCACAACAUCCUGCUGCUCACCGUCAGCGGGAACAACAUCUCGCUGGGGCCCAGUAACGUCUUCUGCGACACCCCGCUGACCCUGAAGCUGGACAUAGAGGAGGAGGUGUACGGGGUGCAGUUCUUCACCAUGGAGCAACACCUGGAGAUCGACGCCACCAUGUUGGCGUCCAGGCCCGACUGCUCGCUCUGUAGGCACUGCCAACCGCUGCACUACCGCCUGCUGCGCCAGCCGCCCUUCACCCACGCGCCGCACGGCCUGAUGCUGAACGAGCCCGCUCGCCGUUACACGGACAGGAAUGUGGUUCCACGCGUCAGAUACACCUACCAGGUCCAAACCGUCUCCGGCCGCGGUGAGAGCGAGCCCUCGCCACCCUUGGUGCAUGAACUGGGGUCGCCCUACUGCGGCGACGGCCGCAUCCAAAGUUCCAAAGGCGAGGAAUGCGAUGAUAUGAAUUCCAUGAAUGGCGACGGCUGCUCCAGUCAGUGCAAGAAGGAGUCCUUCUUCAACUGUGUCGAGGAACCAAGCAUGUGCUACUACUAUGACGGCGACGGGGUGUGUGAGGACUUCGAACGGGAGACUGGGGUGAGAGACUGCGGCCUCUACACCCCGAGUGGCUAUCUGGAUCAGUGGGCCUCCACAGUGGAAGUGUCCCAUGAAGAGAAGCCCUACUGCUCUGGAGAGGUGGCUGCUGGAUACCCUGCUGUUACCAAGACAUGUCAGUCCAAAGUGUUCGAUCUGUCAGACGGCGUGUCCCAGUACGCGUGGUUUCCCUGCCAAGAGGCCCGCGCUUCAACCUGGGGAUACUGGCUCAAGGCCCACUUUUCUCACCCCAUGGUAGCAGCUGCAGUGAUUCUGCACCUGGCUGCCGAUGGGACAGGCUUCAUGGACCAGACCCAGUGUAACGUCACCGUUCAGCUGGUGGACACCAAGGAGCUCAUCCACAGUCUCGGUGACUGGCGUCUCAGCUGCCGCACCAACCCCUUGGUGAUCCCCGUGAGCCACGACCUGUCCGUGGCUUUCUACCACACCAAGGCCAUCCGGAUCAUGUUCACCUCCCGGUUCGUGGCCAUCUCCGGCGUGGGCCUGCGCUCCUUCCAGUCCUUCGACCCCAUCACGAUAAGCGGUUGCCAGAGCAACGAGAUCUACAACCCAACAGGCCAGAGUUGUGUACACUAUUCGUGCGAAGCCAUUGACUGCCAGGAACCCUUAAUCCGCAAUGCAGAGCUCAAGUGCGGUAGCCUUGGCCGCCACUUCUUCAAUGGAGAUCGCUGCACCAUCUCCUGCAACUCGGGCUACGUCCUGCAAGUCCACCAGGACGAUGACAUCAUCAAGAGCCAGUCGGACUCGUCGGUGACUAUAACCUGUGCAAACGGGAAGUGGAACAAACAGGUGUCGUGCGAACCUGUGGACUGCGGCCUGCCCGACAAGUACCACGUGCACCCGGCCCACUUCAACUUCCCAGAGGGCACCACCUACGGGAAGAGGAGCACCUUCCAGUGCCGGGAGCCGGCGCAGCUCGUAGGUACGAACAACACCCUCACCUGCCUGGAGGACGGCCUGUGGUCCUUCCCCGAGGCCCUGUGCGAGCUCCGCUGCCCGGCCCCCCCCCCCGUGCCCAACGCCGUGCUGCAGACCAAGCGCUGCAACGAGACCGGCCUCAAAGUGGGCACGCUGUGCAAGUAUAAGUGCAAGCCGGGCUUCCACGUCACCAACAAACCCAAGAGGCGUGCCUUCAAACGCCAGUGCACCGAGGACGGCAGCUGGCUGGAGGGGGCGUGCGAGCCCGUGACGUGCGACCCCCCCCCUGCCAUCUUCCACGGCUCCUAUCACUGCACCGACGGCUUCCGCUUCGACAGCGUCUGCAGGCUCAACUGCUCCGAUCCUGCCGGUAAUGCCGCUGCCGCCGCCGCCGCAGGAGGCUCCGCCCAUACGGUGAGGCUGCUGCACGCCAUGCCAUGCAAGCAGGGCGCGGGGUCAAAUGUGAUCCGCUGCAGGAAAGAUGGAAACUGGACGGGAUCGUUCCGCCUGUGCCCACAAAGCAAAGGCCAGUGUUCUUUACCUCAGAACCUCCAUUACAGCCUACAGUACUCCUGCAAGCGAGGACACGGAAUAGGUGAGGAGUGUGAGCUGACGUGCAGAGAGAGCAACAACGACGUGGUGAUCCUGCCCGGCAACAUGACGGCCGAGGGCGUCCUCAAGGAGCACUGGAGGAACCCGCUGAAAGUCAAGAGUAUAGUGUGUACAAUGGGGCUGAAGUGGUACCCGCACCCAGAGCUGCUCCACUGCAUCAAGGGAUGUGAGCCGUUCAUGGGAGACAACUACUGCGAUGCGAUCAACAACAGGGCCUUCUGCAACUACGACGGAGGAGACUGCUGCCAGUCCACCGUCAAGACCAAGAAGGUGAUUCCCUUCCCCAUGUCCUGUGACCUACGGGAUGAGUGCUCCUGUCGGGACAUCAACGCUAUAGAGAACAGAAAGGAUGAACACGUCCACUCCCUGGGGUGACCCACCUGAGCAGGGACUUCCGGUCAGCAUCCCAGGACCCUUGCUCCAACACAACACAGCCAGAGCGGCCGAGGCAAACCCCUCCUUCAUUCUCCUCUCGGCCUCCACUUUCCCGCACAUGCUGCUUAACAGGCAUACCUCCAUCCAUCCAUAGUGCAACCCCAACCAGCCGAAAGGCCUCCGCCUCCACAUCAUCGCAAAGAGCUAGAGAAGAGGAUGGGCUUCGUGAGACUCCAGAGCAAUCUUCAUUUUGUCAGUUCAAAGGAAAGUAACCCUGCAGCAUCAUCAGGAAAAAAAGCAUAUAAGCAACAAGUAGAAACAAUCACAAUCUUUUGUUUAUGAAUAAGACAAGAAAAUAGAGAACCAAAACCUGACUAAGCCUAGGUAGCAUGCCCUUUGUUCAGUUUUGUGCUGGCUUCUGUGUCUAUUCUACUGACCUACAAUCACACAAUUGAACCAAAGGUAAAUCAAAAUGUUCAAGCUGGAGGAUUAUGUUGAUGUCGGCUCUGUGCUUUUCAAAUAUGAAGGAAAUCAAAACAAAAGUUUGUGCUAAUAGCAUUCCUGGCUUCAAACCGCUCAGACGUCCCAUAUCUCUAACUGUUCAGUCGUGUCUUUCUCUAUAGGCACAUUUAAAAGGCUUUAGCCUGGUGGGGAACAAAAAAAGCCAUAUAUUCCAAUUCUGAGCCGCAGAUUCAUUACAAAAAGCCAAAUUUAAAAUCACAGACACGUCCAAAAAAACAAAAAAAACGUCAGCCGGAUGUUGGCUGAGCACGGACUGAAGCUCCCGAGUCGAUUUUCUACUUCGAGCGAAUUCCUAAACAGCGACGGGAACAUUUCUAGCAUGGCUUCUGCUACUGUGUUUGCUGCUACUCGCCAUCUUCACGUAUGAUAUCUAAAAGGGUUGGACAGGCUCGUCGGCCUUGCUGCUUACAGUACCUCUUUAAACCAUUUAUCCACACUUGCAUGUUGUUACAUUAAACCUUCAGCUCACAUAAUACAAAAUACACGUCGACACAAAAUAUUAAAUGCACUAAGAACUUUAAAAAACCCAGAACCUCACUUGUUAUUCCUAUUUAACCCAGCCUCCCGAGAAAAAAAAUACUUCGUACAUUGACCACGACUUAAAGAAUGUCAUCAGUAACACCUCACUUUGGGUUGGGGUGAGUUUAGUUUCAGUUCCGACUCCCCCCUCACGGCGCUCGAUACGCUCUUACCUCCAGCGCCGAUCCGACACGUCGGAACUGAAAAUAAAAUGACCCCGGCCCUGUUCAGAAUGUAGUCAGGAGUCUGUGGCUUUUUGACCGCACAGAACUGCACAGCACAGUCACACGAGAGGACAGAAAUAAACGGCUGGACGCAGGCCAAGAGUGGAAACCAGUGGAGGUGGAGGGAGACCACAUCUGACACAUAAGUGCAAGGACGCAUCCUCCACACACACCUCUCCCAGCCUCUCCCCUCUUUAGUGGGUCUGGACACUCAAUGUUGUAUGUAAAUGACAUUUGGAUGUAUAUGUCAGCGCAGCGCUUGCAGUUACAACACGAUCUGGAGUCUGGUGGUAAUGAGAAGUAAUUAACGAAGCCAUCAGGUCGGUCUCUGCAGUACGCGGUGCACUUGGCUGUGAUCAGUACUUUCCAGUAUUGCGAACUCGGGUGCGCUUCCCCGCCAAUUAGCUUCAUUAGAUUCUACGGCUGCUCCGAUAGCUUUUGUGUUCCGUUCCCUUCCAUUCCACACACACAUAAACAUUCUCAAUCACGUUUUAUAAUGAAGGCUGCUUGGCAUAUCGGUCCACGUUUUGCUGCUCGUAUUUAGCCGCAAUCAAAGCCAUGAUUACAAUCAGCAUGAUUAUGACUUUUUCAUUUCGUUUGAGCCAAUGGCGCGGUCCCUCUGACUCACACAGGCUGCUAAAGCAUUCCAGACCAUUCUCAUAAUUAGGGAAAUCGUUGUACACAAUAAUCCAUACAAGUGGCAAUGUGAGAGCGAUUUCAUGCCAUUUUAAAACAAAACCCAGCGUAGAGCUAAGACAAAAUCAUAACAUGCAAGUGAAAAGGUAUUAUUUUCCACCAAAUACAAAUAAUAAUAAUCUGAAGAAUUGUGUACAUAAAUCAAUGUAUGUUAUUAAUGGACAGUUUUAUUUUGUUUGUUUUCAUUUCUACAAGAUGUCAUAUUUAAUCAGUGUUUGUAUUAUUGACCUCAGUUACUGCACUUUUUAGUUGCCAUGUAAGAAGAAAAAGUAUAUCCUUAAAAAAAUGUUUAGAAGCUGCUACUGUCAGAAUGGUGAUCUGAACAAACUGUAUGAUAUUCAGUCAUUUGACUCCCUGUGUUAGCUAUUAGCUUUCCCGUCAUUAGUGUUUUCCUUCGUUCUUCGCAUCCGACGCUGCAGACCCAGAUAUCAACCCGACGCUACCAAUGAAGUAGGGAGGUACUGUCACUAUGAACCAUCAUCCUCAGAGGCCCCCAGUACAACAGCAGGGUCACCUGUUUAUGUUAAUAUUAUCAAGUCAUACCUAAUAUCGGUGAGAUGAGACUCACUACAUUCACCAAUGACAUGCAGUCUUCAUGUUAAAGCCAUUCCAGCCGUUUGAAUGGAUGCAUCCAAAAAUCUAUCAAUGGACUUUUUCUUUCAUUCUAUAUCUUGACUUUGCUUCCACAUUUUACCACAUAUCUAAAAAUAUCCUCCUUAACAGUCACUUGUUCCAUCAGCUGAUGCCUGGAUACCAAACCAGUAGCUGCAUGUCAACUUGAAGAUGGUUCAUUGUCAGCAUAGAGAAGGUACCCGUAAGCCAUAGUUAUUCACCAUGUUGAUGGAAGACACCUCUCUACUGUAGUCACCACAGGAUCCCUUGCUGUACCUCAUGCCUGUAAUGUUUGCUGCUUCUAUAUUUUUGGUAUUUUAGUGACAUUUUUGCGUCUCAUACCGAUGGUGUAAAUAGUAGAACUAUUUAUUGAGAGUGUUAUACUUUUUUAAGUUAUAUUUAAUGUCCAUGUAAGUUAUUUUUACAUUGUUCUUAUAAACAAAAGCGAAACAUUGUUGGUUGUGAGAACUGUCGGAACUGUGUCGUUGUCUCUGUUCUGGUCUCCGCUCGCCGGCAGCGGUCGGGUUUCAAUUCCACAACCGCCGAAAAAACUCAUGGGUCCUGAAGUGAACAUGGACACUGCUCGCAUCCAGUGGGGACUCAACACGUGCAGUGGAGCUUUCUUUACUUUCACAACCAGAAUGUAUAGUUUGUCCUUCUCUCCGUUGUGUCUUUUGUUCUUAAUGCAACCAUUAGCCAUAUGUGAAAAGAAAACCAAGUUUAUAAUGGUCAAGUACAUAAAUAUAUACUAUAGCUAAUAAUGUUGUGGGAGCCAGCGCUUAUCACAAAGGCGACAUGUGCACAGUCAGACGAGGGCACGAGAAAAUGGGCGAGCGGCAGAGAAAUGAAGGGAAAGACGCGCUAGAGGUCAGAAGGCAGCCAAGCUGCCCUGAUCCCGCGUUCCUGGAAGGUGGAAAAGUAGAAGGUGGGCAGGGAGAGGGGCAGGGCCGGGUGGGCUGCUUUUCCUGGCCUGUCCAGUUAUUUGUCCAGGUGUGAAAAUGUGCACUCACACAGGCCGCCCCUGGGCCUGACUGGCAACAGGCCGAGGCCAAUGAGUCAGAGUUUCUCCCAGGGGGUGGCAGCCAUUCCUCUCUGGGACUCCCACCGCCCUCCCCUCUAGCACCCCCCCCCACCCCGCCGCCUUCCCCGCCGCCCCGCUCCUCGACACACACUGCCUCAUCUGUCACUGUCAGGUAUGCCUGCGCAGGGCGGCCAAGGUCAGGCCGGCCCCGUGAAAAUGAGAGAGGAUGUUUGCCGGGCUCGCGGGGCCCUUUGAAGUGGGGCCGAAGGAGCUCGCUUCCCCUCCCGAAGCCUGCGCUUAUCACACGAUAUGAUUUGUAAAGCACUCUCCUGUGACAGGCUUUGAUAUCGCGCCACGCGUUCCACCGGCCGCCGCUCUUUUGUUUCUAAUUUAACACCUGGUUGUUGUAGUGCUCGUCUAAAAAUGGCAGAGACUUUGUGGUGUCUGACGCUUUGCAAAGCGAAGGGGAGGGGAAGAAAGCGUGUCUGAAGCCCUGACGUCUUUGCUCAGAUCCUUGUGGAGAAAAAUACUGAUGUGCCAUUUUGUUGUAAGACAUUUUCAUUGUGUAUUGUAACACAUGAGUACCAAGUACCUCUCACAGGCCUCUGGCUAUAGAAUGGUCCACCUCCGUCUGUUUCCUAAUCCCUCAAUACAUAAAAAGGUGAAUUAACCCUUUUUCUAAGUGGGAAGUAUAAAAAAAUGUAUUUACAUAUUACAUGGAUAUCUAGUGGUAUUACUGCAAUGUUUCAUACCUGAUUGCUCAACAAAUAUAUUUUAAGAUGUAAAUAAUAAUAUUAUUUGAUGAUUGUAUUUGCAACCCAUGUACUAACUGUUCGGGAGUAGCUCUUGGAUUAAUUUUUAUCAUAACUAUUAUACAAAGAGAUGAAUCGUGAAAAUGUUGUGCAUUGUGUCAAACUAUCACCUGCAAGACAGAAAAUUAAAAAAAAAAAAAAAGACCUGUGAUGCUUUACUACACCACUCGCUGUCAGCAUUUAUUUGUUCAGAAUGGCUUAGUACAAGCACUGUUGUCAGUUGUCUGAACCAUGAAUUUAUCCAUUGAGUCAUAGAUUAUUUAUUUGUUGUCAUAGUUAAUAAAAUCCUAGUUGUCAUUUCUGGGUCUUAGGAGUCUGUUGAAAUCGAUCCUCCUAAUCAAACUUGACUGGUUUUUGUUUUGCGCUGGGAGUUGGCUCCCGCUUUGUCUGCGCUGACGGUCACUGGCCUGCAGCUUUCACCUCCACCCCACUCAUAUACUCACAUACUGUCCAUCGUCCAGCCUCAUCCCUACUCGCCUUUGUGUUUGAUGAGGACUUCGCCAACACUGUAACGGCGGCCAUCGGACUCAGUAGCCCCCUCACUCCACCUGAUGGCCUCCUCUCUCUUGGUUCUUACACAGUAUGCACUUUUUCAGGCACAUAACAACAGAAUGGACUUUUGUGUUUCGUUGACGUUUCUCUCUGUUUUCACAGUUGCAAUUAUAUAUAUUUUUGGUGCUCUGGUACAUGGCAAAACAUGUCUGAUGUGUAGUAUAUUUUCAUAAGGAAGAGUCAUAAAGAUGAGUAUCAUGUUCAUUUUGCUGUCAUUUAUUGUGUAGAAAUAAAACACUGGUUAAGUGAA